AUGGCAAAAAGAAAUAAAAUUAAAGAUGUUGAUCGGUCUGAACUUCACAUUAUGCACUAUCUCAGUUUGCCAGAUUAUAAAUUAAGAAUGUUGACCUGUGACCAUCCAAUUCUGCCGGAUCGGUACAACGAUUGGGUGGAGGACCAUUUACGAGUCACUGGAUUCUAUCAUGCAUCUCAAAUUGGUGUCGUACAAAAUCAGAAAGCACUCGUGAAUGCUCUAAUAGAACGGUGGCACCCAAAUACACAUACGUUUCACCUUCCAAUUGGUGAGUGUGCCGUAACUCUUGAAGACGUGGCUCUAAUUCUUGGUCUCCCGAUGGAUGGUCUUCCAGUUACUGGGAUGACAAUGAGUAGUUUCUCAGCGUUGGAGGCAGAAUGUUUGCUUCAAUUUGGCGUGGCACCGCGUAAGUCGGAGUGUAGAGGAUGCUGCAUCAAACUGACUUGGCUUCGGGAACUAAAAGAAAAUAUUCAGUUGACUGAUGAAUUAAGUAUACAGAGGUAUGUGAAGUGCCAUAUUAUGUUGCUCAUCGGGACUAUCUUGUUUGGGGAUAAAUCUGGAGCAGGUGUGCACUGGAAGUUUCUUCCCUUGCUUCGUGAUUUUGCUAGUAUUGGACACUAUAGCUGGGGUUCGGCAUGCCUAGCACACCUCUACAGGGGGUUAUGCAGGGCAUCUCGUUAUAACUGUAAGGAAAUAGAUGGUCCAAUAACACUUCUGCUCGGUUGGGCUUGGAUCCGACUUCCAUAUCUAUCCCCGCUCCCCAGAGAACCCCACAGUUUUCCACUAGCCAACAGGUGGCGUAACUGGGAGCGUGGUGACCGAAGAUAUAGAUAUUUGAAUCUAGCUCACUUUAGGAAGGCCUUUGAUGAACUGCAGGAAGGCCACGUGUGUUUUAAUUAA